GCCUGCUCCGACUGCGGAAGUGACGGCGGGCGGCGGAGCCCUGCGGCCUCCGGGGACAUUUUCUCCGGCUUCGGGGCUGCAGUGGAGCUCUCGGCUCCUCCCGGUCGUCCAUGCCCCAGCCGCUGCCCUCCGAGGAGGAGGCCAGGAGGGGCCCUCAGCGCCUGGGCUGCUGUGUUGCUGAAAACCAUAUCUAGUUGACCAUAUCUGAUCUUCCAGACCAUGUGCUCCAUGCUUUGAUACCAGGAGAACCUUGGUGUUCUGAAAUGAAGAUGGAGGUAGUGGGAAAAGCAGAAGAACUUCUCAAUUCAGAAGUUCCUCUGAAGACUUCUGAGAAGCAGACCACUCCCGAUGAAGACAGACCUAUAGAACUGGAGCCACAUCCUCAGAAGGACAGUGUGCCUGCUGUGUCAGACUCUGCAGUGCUCUCUUCAAUGCCUUGCUUAUUGAUGGAACUGAGGCGAGACUCCUUGGAGUCUCAGCUGGCAUCCACGGAGAGUGAUAAGCCAACGGGUGGUCGAGUUUAUGAGAGUGACUCUUCUAACCACUGCAUGCUUUCCCCUUCUUCCAGUGGGCAUUUGGCUGACUCAGACACAUUGUCUUCCACAGAAGAGAAUGAGCCCUGUCAAGCUGAAGCUGCUGUUGAGGGAGACCCUUCGGGUGUGUCUGGGGCUGCAGUUGGGAGGAAAUCCAGGCGAUCCAGGUCCGAAAGUGAAACUUCAACAAUGGCUGCCAAGAAAAACCGACAGUCUAGCGAUAAGCAGAAUGGUCGAGUUACUAAGGUAAAAGGUCAUCGAAGCCAAAAGCACAAAGAAAGAAUCCGGCUGUUAAGACAGAAGCGGGAGGCAGCUGCUCGCAAGAAGUACAACCUGCUGCAGGACAGCAGUACCAGUGAUAGUGACCUGACGUGUGACUCGAGCACGAGUUCAUCAGAUGAUGAUGAAGAGGUUUCAGGGAGCAGCAAGACAAUCACUGCAGAGAUACCAGCUGGCUUCAGUCGUGCUGGGGGAUCUGGAGGAGCGACCAGGGAAAUUCCAGGAUUGCUUGACAGGGGCACCGUAUGGGAUAGGAACUGCAUAGGCAAUGUCCUGGAAGAGGCCAUGAACUGCUUUGCCGAGAUGCAGAGGCAGACAGAGGAGAAAUUUCGCAUGUGGAUAGAAAAGCUAACCCGUCUUGACACAGAUGAAGAAAGCAAGCAACAACUGGAGCCCAGAGAACCUAAAAUGCAACUAGUUGGCCAAAGAGUCCCCCCUACCACACAGUCAGGGGCAUUCAUACAGAUGCCUGAUAGCCAAGUACUUCCACAGCAGUCGUUUAAUUAUUACAUGGGCUAUCAAAAUGUUGAUGCUAUGUUAGAGUUUCCAGCGACUUUUAAUAACAAUUUUCCAGCUAUGUUUCCAGAGAAUGGGAAUAUUGCGGAGCCUGAUCUGAAUCAAUCAUAAACUUAAAUAUAUAUAUAUAUCUCCUAUCUUUGCAAUCUUGAUGUUACUUUGGAUUAUGCUAAAAACAAGGUUUGUUUUUCUCUUCAUAUAUAUUUGUUUUGUUUUUCUCUUCUGGAUUUGAUUACCAUGGUAUCUUUUUUAAUUUAUAGAGAAUAUAUAUGUAGUUAAAAAAGAUAUAUAUAUAUAUAUACCCAUGUGCACGUGCCAGCACACACAUAAAAUACCUUUAAAGGGAGGAGGGAGUGGGAAACACUGUAGGCUUUCAUCACCUGACUUGGGAAAAUAUAACUUAGAAUCCUUGUUUAAAUACCCCAAAAGGUAUUUAAGAGCUAUGUUUGUUACAACAGGAACAUUUAGACUACUCAUCCAAAUGCUCUUUUUGCAUGUUAAAACAUUUAUAUAAGGAAAUAAGUUUUAUAUUUAAAGAUGUACCCUAGAGAUCCAGACAAGAUACAGACCCAUAACUUUCCCUUAACUCUCUGUUCGUUCCCAAGUUCUGCAGCUUGAACAUGGCACACAUUAGUUUUUCUUCUUCCUUUUUAGGUAGAAGUAAUAAAUGAACUUGUCCUAAAGAUUUAGCUAUAUAUAACCAAUGUGCACAACUGAUUUUUUUUUGUCUCCCAUUUAGUAGUUCAUUUUCUGUCCAGAGUUCUUAUUAAUGUCACUGCUGUCUUGCAUAUGGCAUAUUUAUGGAAGCAGCUGUCUUACACUGUGUGCACAAAUAAGCACAUGUAUACAUAUAUAUAUAUUUAGUUUGGGUGGAAAUCAUCUCCUCUAAUUUUAGAUGUCUAGUUUGCUGUUCUGGAGAUCUCUGGAAAGAGAAGAACCUAUAGAGGAUAUCUCCUGGUGGUGUCUUUCUCUUCCAUCAGUUGUCCGAACUCCCCUUCUAAAUAGUUUAGGUGAGAUAACUUUAGUUAAAGUUAGGCGAGAUGAAUCACACCCAGAGGACAUGUGUGCGCAUGCAUGACCUGUGCAUACAAAGCACUGCUGCUUCCUUAUAUAUAUAUGAUCAAACUGUAUCCUUUGUGCUGGGAUAAAAAUAGUGGUGUCAGUCCUAAAAUAAGCAGCCAUUGCUGGAUGGAUUGAUUCUUUGCACAGGAAUUCAAACAAAGGUUUGACAGGCAGAUUAGCAAGCACUGUGGUGGUCAGGAGGUAUGGUUUGCUGCUCUUGGUCAGACAGCGAGAGCUUCUGAACCACAUUGGAAUGCCGCUGAAAUCAUUAUUUACUCGUGACUGGGAAUGCCAGAGCAUUAGUUUCAUUUAAAUAAUGCAAGAACUUGCUAUUGUGUGGAUUUUUUUAAUACUGAUAGUUAUCCUGAAUAGGCAGGCUUGACACUGUGAUGUUUAUAAAGUAGAAUUAAUUUAAAAUGUAUAUUAGAAACCUCUGUUUAAUUCUUACUAUUGCUACUACACACAGGGAUUUUUGUUCACCCCUCCAGUAAGGCCUUUCUUCGUGUUAAGUAACUUCUCCAUAGCUACCAAAAAUGUAUACUUCUCAUCAGCUAGAACUUGUUAAAAGUUUCUAAUGCAAAUAAAAUCAAAAUUUUAAUAAUGGAAAUUGAAAUUCUUUGCAUAGGCAUAGUUUAAGUAAAGAGAACACUAUAGGUAUCUUUUGGCUCUGCUAUUUUGUCUUUUAAACAUUGGUCACUUCUGUUUUUUUCUAAUUAUUUUAGUCAAAUUCAUUCUCUUUCUUUUGGAAGUAACCACUGUAUCUUCUGUAGGUCUAACUUCUUCCUUCCUGAAGUCAGUGGGAGAUUUUCCAUCAAUUUGUGGCUUUUAGAUCAAACCUGUAACAGGAAUUCAAGAAAUGUUUUUAUUCUCGGUAUAAUACUAUCGCUGGUGUUUUAACAUUAUUCUUGGCCCAAACUUUUUUCUUUUUUCUUUUUAAUUUGUGAUGCCUUCAUUAAAGAAAAAGGUUAGAGAGCUGUGUUAUUUUCAGAGUAACUGUUUGGAAGACUAUGCAGGAUAAAAUUUUUAAGAACCGGAAUAAAAUCUAUACUGAUCAUAUCAACUUCAUGCUUAAUUUUGAUGAAAAGAUUUUGAUAUGCAGUUACAAGAUGACUCCCUCAUCUGAAUUUGUCUGUAUUUUUAACUUAACGUAAGUAAACUUUAAACGAAUUAUGUUUAAUUAGAAAUUAAUAAACUUAUCUUCUUAAAAUUUAAGGUCAUUCAGGAAAGAUAAUUUGCUGAUAUGAAAAAAAAAUCCUUCUGUUGUUCAUAGAUUUGAUAUAUAUACCUUGAUGAUAAGAGCAGCAUAUUUUAAAGCAUGACAACUUUACAAAGCCUUCCCAUGCAUGCAGAAGCAGCUUUUUGCAGUGACUGGUUUCUUUUAAUGUGUAAGCAUCACUUAACUCAGUAUGUCUGUAAGCAUGCUCUUAGCCUUUUUCUGUAAAACAGUUUAUAUGGAGCAAUUAGGUAUUUCAAAACAAAUUGUGUAAGGGGAUCGGUUGAGCUUAUUUUUCUCUCAGACUUAAACUGACUUUUAUGUACUGAUCUCAUAAAUGGAUUAUAACUUUGGGGAUCUAGCCAGUGAAAUUUCUGCCAACCUUCAAUGUCUUGGUUAGGUAAUCUUAGGUAAUCUUUUUUUUUUUUCUUUAA